CCAAAAAUACGUAAUUAACUUUUCGGAAGUCUUCACGUUUUAUUAUUUCCAAGGUGAAGGUUACCGAAGACUCUCUCCCAAGAUGCUGUCGACAACUCGAAUCCAGGGAAUCCUGACUGCUGCCUGCAGAUCUCAUUCCGCUCGGAAUGUGGCUCGGGCACUAUGGACAGGGAGGGAAUCCAUUGGAGAGGAUGACCCGGACAUGAUGGCCAUCAUAAAGAAGGAGAAGGCCAGGCAAGUCAGUGGUCUGGAGCUGAUCGCAUCAGAGAACUUUGCCAGUCGAGCUGUAAUGGAAGCCCUUGGUUCCUGCCUCACAAACAAGUACUCCGAAGGAUAUGCAGGAGCUCGGUACUACGGUGGUAAUCAGUUCAUCGAUGAGGUCGAGAGACUUUGUCAGAAGAGGGCACUUGAAUUAUUCAAGCUGGAUCCAGAACAAUGGGGUGUCAAUGUCCAGCCGUACUCUGGUAGUCCGGCCAAUUUUGAGGUGUUCACUGGAGUUUUGAAACCCCACGACCGUAUUAUGGGGCUGGAUCUGCCCGAUGGUGGACAUUUAACUCACGGUUUCCAGACCGACACAAAACGAAUCUCAGCAACCUCUAUCUACUUUGAGUCAAUGCCUUACAGAAUCAACCCUCAGACCGGUUAUAUUGACUACGAGAAAAUGAGAGAGACUGCAAAACUGUUCCGCCCCAAACUGAUCGUAGCCGGAACUACCGCCUAUUCAAGACUGCUCAACUAUCAGGCAUACCGAGAGAUUUGUGAUGAAGUGAAUGCAAUCAUGAUGGCAGACAUGGCCCACAUUUCUGGUCUGGUAGCAGCACACAUCAUUCCAAGUCCAUUUGAUUAUGCUGAUAUAGUGACAUCUACUACUCAUAAAACACUACGAGGGCCCAGAUCCGGAAUCAUUUUCUACCGUAAGGGUGUGAAGGGUGUUGAUAAGGGAAAUGAAAUUAAAUACGACCUGGAAAAGAAGAUCAACAAUGCUGUGUUCCCGUCUCUCCAAGGAGGGCCACAUCAACACCAAAUCGCUGCAGUAGCUGUGGCUCUCAGACAGGCACAGAGUCCAGAAUUCAAAGAUUAUCAGCUGCAAGUUGUCCGUAACGCACAAACAAUGGCCGAUGCCUUGAUCAAGAAGGGAUAUGAUGUCUUAACUGGUGGGACAGACAACCACUUGAUACUGCUUGACUUGAAACCAAACGGCACGGAUGGUACACGUGUUGAGAGAAUCCUGGAAUUGUGUGAGAUUUCGGUCAACAAGAAUACAACAGCCGGUGACAAGAGUCCAUUCACCCCCGGUGGCCUUAGAAUAGGAACUCCCGCCAUGACUUCAAGAGGAAUGAAGGAAGCCGACUUUGAAAAAGUGGUGGAUUUAAUAGACCGUGGUGUACAGAUAGCCAUAAGUGCUCAGAAAAACACAAAAACAAUUAAGGAAUUCAAGGCAUUUGUGGAUUCUGAUGCUGAUACCCAAUCACAAAUAGCUGCUCUCCGUGAUGAAGUGGAAAAUUUUGCUAGGAGUUUCUCCAUGCCAGGAUUGGAGGAGCGAUAGACAGACAUUUAGGCAUUUUCACUAUUCAUAUCACUGCGGGAAAAAAAUCUUGUUCAUUCGGACAUUUUCCUCUAGAUCUGAUACAUAAGGUUUUUGGUCUUCACAUUUCAUGACACAAAGUUCUGAGCAUAUUCUAUUUACAUAUGUCACCACAAUUUAAGCUGCUUUUAUUAAACUAAUAAUGAUUUAAAAUCCCUUUAUACCCCUGUAUACUAAUAAAGUGUACAGCAAUUGCAUUCUAAUCAUUGUCAGCUCUGCAUUGUUUUUUAAAUCGUAAAAAAUUUGCUGCCUACAUCCAAUUUAAAUGAAGUGACAAAUUUCUAUAAAGUUUGCUUUCUUUAUAUUUUGACUCAGCAACUUUUAUUUAAGGACGAGGUAGCCUCUAGGUGUUUUAGGACAUUUCUGACAUUAAAUAUGAAAAGCACAGUAGUGCCACCAACUGCAAAAACAGUUAUGUAAUGUCAGCAAAUGAGCUUGGCAUUGUAGAAAUUAUACUUUUUUUAAACGAGUUGUGUAAACAUGUUAUAUAUUAGCUAACUGGUCAUGUGCAAUUUUGGUAAAAUUAGACGUAGUCACAAGGUGAAAUGUAACGGUUGGUUUCUACGCGAGAACUACAGAAUAUCAUCUCUGAGCAACAAAUGAAGGAGUGAUUUUAUAAAAUAAACAUACCACGUAGUGUCUGAAUAAGCUAACAGGUCUAUGGUCUAAAUAAAUAAAGAUGUUUUUACAUAUUGAGAUUUUUAUAUAUGAGAUUGUUUUAGAUUUGUUUCACAAAGUAACAAUAUUUUUUAUCUUGAAUAGUCAAUCUUACUAGGUGUGUAGUUUGUACAUUGUCAUUGACUCGAUCUCCACAUACUGAAAUCUAAUCUGCUAACAUGAAAACAUUACUGGUAAUAAUUCUUAUCCUAUGGAUUCAAUUUUACAUUAAACAUUGCUACAAGUAGUCUUCUGGUCAAGAUUAUUGAGAAAGGUACAUGGUAGAAUGCAGAUAGUGUUAGGUUUAAUGAUUGAUAAAACUGCAGCUGAUGCCCGUGAUGUAAAUGCUUUGCUAGUGUUCAUUUUUGUUUGGAAAGUAUGUGAACGUUUAUCCUUUAUCUUUGAAAGGAAAUAAAUAAAUUAUUGAUAUUUAGCGGGCAACCUUUUAGUGAUAUAUUAAAGAUCUCUAUAUGGUGAAACGGGAUUUUUUUUUUUAAUUUGAAGUUUUAAUUUCUUAUUUUACCCCUGCUUUAUUGUAUAUUUAUGUGUACAAUUUUUUAGUUGGGGCCAUUUUGAACUCUUAUUCACAGUGCCAUUUUAUCUUGUGAUCUGAGCCAAUAUUUCAUUCAGCUUUGGAGUCUAUAUUACUCUCAAAGAAGAAAUUAAUUUUAGCGAUUUGGAAGCCUUGGUUACUUGGUGUAUUGAUUUGAGGUGAUUUUUUGUAUUAUAUCUUAAAUAUGUUCAAAAUAGGCAAUUUUCUUUUCAGUAUUUAUGGACCUGUCAAAUUUUUACAAUUUAGAAAAACAAGUUUUAAAUUUUUCAUUGAAAUUUUUUUUCAUAAAUUUGUGAAAUUAUUCCUCUCAAAAAACAACAUAUUUCAAUAUUAAAAAAUGGUCCUCCUUGUUUAAGAUUUUUUUUCUCAAUAAGAAAAUGUGUUGAAGUCGUUAAUAUGUACGAGUUGUGAAUUACUGGUAUAUUUUACAUGUGUUUGACAGAUUAUACUUAGUUGUGUCAUGUUGAAAGGUCAUGUUAACAGUACUCUGCUUUGGUGAUUAGAUCUGAGGAAAAGAUUUUUUAUUUGAAUCUUUUUCAGCUUAUAUACGGUAUAUCACAAAUUUAUACAUUACUUUUUAUUUUAUUUUCCCACAAUGGUGUUGAACUUAUCAUCGAAUUACAAUUAUCUGUAGAGAGUUUAAAAACAUCUUAUUAAAAUAUAUUGAAAAUUU